CUUAUGCGCCAAGAUAAAAUCAGGUGAUUACCAUUGUGCCACAUUAAAGUAUAAUUGUCAAUAUUUAAUACUCAGUUGUUAAGCGGCAGUCGAAAAUGGCGGUGGAAUAUAUGUUUUGCCUUUUACUACUGGUGGGAUUGGCCCAGGCUGUUCCCACUGUAAGUAAAGGCGAACCUGCCAUCAUCGAAGAAAUCCGCGAAUCCACGGGUCUCUCCAGAAUCGUAGCUGGUUGGCCAGCGCAAGAUGCUCAGAUUCCCUACCAGAUUAGUCUGCGUAUGGUGAAUAGCAUCGGUGGAGUAUCCUCAUGCGGCGGGUCCCUGAUACACCACCGAUGGGUUAUCACAGCUGCCCAUUGCGUCGCCAACCGGCACAUGUUCGUGGUGCGUUUAGGCCUCACCAAUCUCACCACGCCAGACAUAAUAGUAGAAACCAACCUCAAAUAUAUCCAUCCGGAAUACGAUGAGAUCCGUGCUGGUGUCCAGACUGAUGACAUCGCACUCCUCGGCUUAAAUCAUCACAUGACAUACACUCGUUAUAUCCAACCAAGCCGGCUCCAGAACUCAGGACAGAAGGCAGAGAAUUACCUAGGUAGACGGUUUGUCGUCAGCGGCUACGGGCGUACCGAUGAUCUUUGGAAUGGUGGGACUGCUUCCGAAAUCUUGCUAUGGACCCACCUUCAAGGCAUCACAAACGAUGAAUGUCGUCGCUGGUAUGGCGGCAGCACCGUCAUCCAGGCGCAGACAGUCUGUGCCGAGUCCUACAACCACACUUCGCAAUCUUCCUGUCAGGGUGACAGCGGCGGCCCCCUUACCAUUGUGGACGCUGAUGGUAGGACCACUAUGGUAGGCAUUGUCAGCUUCGGCUCCUCAGCCGGUUGCAACAGUCCGUUCCCAUCGGCGUACGUGCGCCCUGACUACUACCACGAGUGGUACAGGGAAGUGACUGGCAUCGACUUCGACUGGAGCAGCGAGGACAUCGUCCCUCUACAGCCAGAAGAACCCUCCAAAAUAAAUUUUGUCUAAUUAAAUUAACAAAAUAAUGUUGAAUUCAGUUUGUUGAUGAUGAGAAUGUUGAAAUAUAUUCAGUUUCAAUUAUUACUUAUUUUAUUACUAUUUUGUUUUUUAAUAAAAUUUUAUUAAAAUUUGUAUCACCACACCACAUCCAUCUCUGGAGGCGGACGUGUAAUGUUGCAUCUCUUUUUACUGAUGGAAACACCAGGGGUGAUGGUUUCCGGAAAGGGAGUCGAUAACCUUUUAUGAUUUUUAAUGGUAGAUUGUUUUGAGACACGUUUUGCUGAGCCACGUUUGACUGAGAAAAACCUGCCGUUUGUGACUUGUGUGAUUGAAUUUUUUUUUGGAAAUAUUUACUUUGAGGGUAGUUAUUAUAAUAUGAUCCCACACACUGAGGUGACGGAAAUCGAAAAGUCGUCAGUGAAGGGGCGUGACUAGCCGGCUAUGUAAUACUAUAACUGGAAAGGAAAUAUUGCCUGGGUUUCAGAAGGUUAAGUAGUUGUCUGGACGGCAGUUCAAACGUCCCAAUUAAUUCACUAUUGAGGACACCAGACCACAAGUUAACACUGAAACGAUGUUGGCACGUUGAAGCUCUCACUUCGUGUGGAUUUUCAGUUGCCCACGUGUGGUAACUAUGAAUAUUAAAUAUUGCAGAUCGCUCAAAUCGUGACUCAUCUGACCAUAACAAAAAUCCAGGCUCCUCUUUGCUCUUUUUGUAACAUUGUUUGGCAAAAAUCAAUGCGCUAUUGCCGGUCUGUAGGAAGUAAAGCUUGUAGAACGUGUGGUAUCCUUCAUCGUGAAGAAACGCUUGGAUAGAAAUCCUUGGGAUGUUCAGAGUACGAGCCAUACUUCACGUACUCGUGGACGGAUUUCGCUGAACUUCUUCCAGCACCAUUUCUCUACGAUCCGGGUCAGCUCUAGGGAUUCCUUCACGACUGCCGUGUCGACCAGUAAUGCGGCCUGCCUUUUAGGUAUUGUGAUGGUCGGGAGUCACGACGUUGAAGUUGUUCGCGAUACAAUCGGGCUGCUUAACGGCCGUUUCCUCGUGCAACUCCAUAAAAAUAAUACAUUUCUGCAUAUUCACUUAACGUGUAACUCAUCUCUUACACUUCCAAGUAAACAAAGUCCAAUUCAAAAUGCAAAACACAGUCCAGUAAACGAGCAAAAUAGUCAAAUAAGAAGGCAGCGGGGUCCGUGGGCAAAGCGAGUAUGGUAAAGACAAAAUAGCGGCACUAGUAGCAAUAAAAACAAAGUGAGAACAACUGAGGUAAUUUGUUCUGCGUUGGCUUUGGUUGCAUGCUGCCCAUCUCCCACUGAGAAUCAGAGAUAUGGCAAGAAUUCUGUUUCUUAUAUUCUCGGUCCAUUGCAGUUAAAAGAGUUGCAGCCACGUUUACAAUAAAAAAAACUUAAAGUAAAGAAAAUAAACCUCGCAAUGUUUAAAUCCUAGCUUUCGUUUCCUGUAGUAAUUAUUGGGUAGUUAACAAACUAAUUAAAUAUAGGAACGAUAAAAUUACCAACUUUUUUUUUACAAAUGGCUAAUUUUAAGAAUUUUUCACCUCACUGUCUUUGUAGCCCCCCUAAAUAUUUUUUUUAAUUUUUAUGAAAGCUGAGUGUAGAGCGUAUUCUUAAGGGCUACUUAGGAACCAUGACGUCACCUGUUUACAUUUUUAAUUUAAAGGUGAAAAUUUAAAUCAUAAUGCAACGAACGUAAAUUUUUCACUUUGGAUCAACAUUUUCAUAACUUUUAUCAAAGUUACAAAGCUAAUUAUUUUAUGCAUAAAAGUACAACUUAAGAUAAUUCAGUUGCAAAAAAAUACGAAAAAGUCUUCCACUUUUUUUUAGGGUGAUUAUUCCCGAAAAUUCUGAAAAAAUUCAUAACUCGAAAACUAUAAAAAAAGUCGCGGAACAUACAUGGGGGUGAUUCGUAUACCCCACAAUACGAGGGACCGAAAUUUUUUUGACGUCAAUGUUCCGGCCAUCUGUAUAAACCAGGCCACUCAGAAAGUUUAUCGAAAAAAAAGGCUUUAUGUAUAAGACACUGGCCACUUGUAAUUAUUUUGAAAACGUGGAUUAUUUAAAAGUAAAAAUGAUAAAUUUAAAAAUCAAAAAACUCGACUGCUAAAAUAUUACUUCAUAUAAAAACUGAAAACAAGUCCAGUAGUCUAUAAUUCUGUUAAGUAAGGAACAAAGCUACUUUAACAGUCGGGACCCAUUAGAUAUUCAAGAAU